ACAAAUUUCGUUUUCUGAAAUUAGAUUUUUGAAGGGGUUGGAAGGCCGAUUGGUUUCGUGUUGAGAGAACUUUUUCGUUCCAUGGACCAAGUACCGCACUUUGACUUGAGUAAUAGUAGACAUGAAAGUUAUGGGCAGCAGAAUCGACCUGUUGGUUCUGGGUUUUCUCCUAGAAAUACACAAAUACCUCAAUGGGCGCCAACUUCUUCACAGACACUUGCUGCUCCCUACAUAGGAGCAAGAGUUUCGUUGAUUUCUAACUCAGAAAUUCGAUAUGAAGGUACUUUGGUAGAUAUUGACACGAAGGAAAGUACCCUGUCUUUACAAAAUGUUAGAACGCUAGGAACAGAAGGAAGACCAAGAAAUGGACCACAGAUUCCACCCUCUCCUGAAUUAUACGAUUACAUUGUGUUUAGAGGUUCCGAUAUAAAGGACUUACAGGUUUUGGAACCUCCUCUACGACAAAAUGUAUUUCAACAGUAUCCUCGAUCUCUAGAUGACCCUGCAAUUUUAAGUGGUGGCUCUUCGUACACCCCCCUCGGAGGAAUGGGGUAUAGUGGAUUAUAUGACUCCCAUUCUUUAGGAGGAACAAACUUUGGAACGAAUCAAGGAAUUCCUUCUGUAAUGCCACAACAGAGUUUUCAUUCGCAUACUCAACAACAGUAUCCUGGAGUCUUUUCACCUUUCCAACACGGUCCUUGGGGUUUGGUACCAGCGGAGAGUUCUCACGACCCUCUGGAAGCCGAACGGAAAGUGAAUAUCCCUUUCGGUUCUGACAGACAGGUUCAAGGGACUAUGCCAUUAGGCGCGCAACGAUUGGAACCCGCCGAAACGGAAACUUCGAAGGCACCUUUGCCUGCAGUUGGAGCACCCUCUAAACCUCGAGGCUGGGGACCACCUCCAACCAAAGGUUUGGAUGCAAGACAGAUUAAAGAGUCUACUAUUCAAGAUAUUUCGCAGCAAUCAAGAGAUACUGAAAGAAAAGAUUCGUUUCACAAAGAAUUAAUAGAGUCAGAACCAAGUACAAACAAUAGCAAAGCAGUAGCAAAUGGAGUCGACUCAUCGGAGCGUAGUUAUAUUCGCACUCAACAUGGACAAAACUAUGAUCGUGGAAGUUAUCGAGGUAGAGGUCGGCCAUACUAUAGAGCUAGCCGAGGAAGUGGUUCUCGAAAUCGAAAUAGAGUGCAAAAUUCCGUUGCUGUUAAGGAAUCGCGUAUAGAAGAGUUUGAUGUGGUGGCUAUGAACGAAAAAUUUGAAAAGUUGGGACAGAAAGGAAAUAUGAUAAGCAAGUUAGCUUUUUCGAUCGUUUAUCUUCUUCCACCCACAGAAUCGAAGGAAGAGGACAGAUCCAAGCUAUCUGAGAUGCGAAAGCUUGACGCCGAAACUUUUGGUCGAGACUCCUUGAGUCAAAGAGGCGGAGGUGGAGCCUGGCAUGGUUCUAAUCGUUAUGGGGGAAGAGGUCGUCCUCGUUAUUAUGAGAGUAGUAAUUCUGGAUAUAGUCGACCACAUAGUUCAGGCCGUGUUUAUCGUAUUCGCGGAAGUACUUCAUAAAUGGAAAUGGGAAAUGUUGUGUUGUCAGUU